AGACUCUCGCCAGCAUACAUAUCAGGCACUCUGCAUCGCUACCUCCCGUAGCUUUUCUGAAUCGCUCUACCUCACCUCGUCCACGAAUCCACCCCUUCGCCACCAUGGCUGGUACCGCGUUCACCGCGGCCACUGUACCCAGCUCCGCCUCCCUCAAGGUCGCGGGAUCCAAUGGGUUCUCGGACUUCUCCGGUAUCAAGAGCACCAGCGCUGUUACCUUCGGCAAGCGCUCCGAGGACCUCGCCUCCAUUGUCUCGGCUCAGUCUGCUGUGUCCGCUAGCUCUGGAGCUAAGAGGGCCGUCACCGAGGCCAAGAUCAAGGUCGCCAUCAAUGGAUUCGGACGUAUCGGACGCAACUUCGUCCGCUGCUGGCACGGCAGGAAGGAUUCGCCCCUCGAUGUCGUCGUCAUCAACGACACCGGAGGUGUGAAGCAGGCCUCUCACUUGCUCAAGUACGACUCCAUGCUCGGAACCUUCGACGCCGACGUCAAGGUUGAGGGCAACGACGCCAUCAGCGUCGACGGCAAGGUUAUCAAGGUGGUGUCCGACAGGAACCCACUCAACCUGCCCUGGGGGGACAUGGACAUUGACCUCGUGAUUGAGGGAACCGGAGUGUUUGUGGACGAGGCCGGUGCCGGAAAACACAUCCAGGCCGGAGCCAAGAAGGUGUUGAUCACCGCGCCCGGCAAGGGAGCCAUCCCAACUUACGUGGUGGGAGUGAACGAGAAGGACUACAAGCACUCUGACAGCAUCAUCAGCAACGCAUCGUGCACGACGAACUGCCUGGCACCGUUCGUGAAGGUAUUGGACGAGAAGUUUGGGAUCAUCAAGGGCACCAUGACGACGACCCACUCGUACACCGGUGAUCAGAGGCUGUUGGAUGCAUCGCACCGUGACCUGAGAAGAGCGCGGGCCGCAGCUCUGAACAUCGUGCCGACAUCGACGGGAGCCGCGAAGGCGGUGGCGCUGGUGCUGCCCAACUUGAAGGGCAAGAUCAACGGAAUCGCGCUGCGUGUGCCGACGCCGAACGUGUCGGUGGUGGACUUGGUGGUGCAGGUGGAGAAGAAGACGUUUGCGGAGGAGGUGAACCAGGCAUUCAGGGAUGCGUGCGCGACGGAGGAGCUGAAGGGAGUGUUGGCGGUGUGCGACGAGCCAUUGGUGUCGGUGGACUUCAGGUGCACGGACGUGUCGUCGACGGUGGACUCGUCGCUGACGAUGGUGAUGGGCGACGACAUGGUGAAGGUGGUGGCGUGGUAUGACAACGAGUGGGGAUACUCGCAGAGGGUCGUGGACCUCGCCCACAUUGUCGCCGAGAAGUGGCAAUAGGUUUUCGUUGACACUUAUAAAGGUUGUGGUUUCCUUGUGUAGCUGCUGGAGUAUCCCGCAGAUUCUGAAAUCAAGUCUGCGACUCUUUCACAUGCAUAGCGUUGUAUCAUGCAAAGCGUCUGUAGAGUAGGUUGGGUGUAGAGAGAGGGAGGGGGGGAUGUGUGUGCGUAGAUGCGUUUUUCGCUUUCGCAUGACUACAGACUCUUCCUCAAGGGUAGAGCAUUGCGUUAAUUCAUUGAAUUAUGCCUAUCAUGUAAUCAUUCGUCGAAGUAAUCUAUCCUGCAAUUUGUCUACAAAGAGAUUCCGAAUGGUUUCCGGGAUUUUUUCUC